UGUAGAUAGGCUGUAGCGGGUUCGCGCUGUCCCUCUGUGUGACUACAAUGUACGGGGAUGGAGAGGGGGCGAUUUGGGACCGAGUUGGACGCCCCCGGCGGGACUGCAUGUGCUACCUGGGACCUCCGACUACUUUGAUGCCCAUCGGAAUGCGGAAAUCGCCCGACGUGAGCCCGAGACGGCUGUCAGACAUCAGCCCCCAACUGCGACAGCUGAAGUACCUGGUCGUGGACGAAUCGAUCAAAGAAGACUUGAAGGCGUCCCGCUCUGUGGAAGACAUAAAUAGCGCAUCCAUCGAGGAGCGGAUCCUGAGAAUCACUGGCUACUAUGGCUACCAGCCUUGGAACGCAGUUUACCACAGGGAGGACCGUCUGCGGGAGAGCGUGCUGGGGACGGUGGACGGCGCGGCAGCGGGCGGGGCGGGGGCGGAGUCGGGGGCGGGGAAGCGCCGGCUCCGCUGCGGCCUGCGGAUCACGGGCCUGCAGGUGCGCAAGGCGCUGUGGGGCGUGGCCAUGGUCGCCUGCGUCUGCUCGUCCUGGGCCGGCUCCACCCAGCUCGCCAAGCUCGCCUUCAAGAGGUUCGACGCCCCGUUCGCCCUCACCUGGUUCGCCACCACGUGGAACUGCCUCUUCUUUCCCCUGUACUACGUCGGACACCUGUGCAAGAGCCCGGAGAGACAGUCGCCCAGGCAGAGGUUCAGGGAGUGCUGCAGGUUCUUCGGAGACGACGGUCUGACGACGAAGGUGUUCUUCACCAAGGUGGCGCCGUUCGGCCUCCUGUGGACGCUGACCAACUACCUGUACCUGCAGGCCCUGCGCAAGAUCAACAGCACCGACGUGUCCGUCCUCUUCUGCUGCAACAAGGCCUUCGUCUUCCUGCUGUCCUGGAUCGUGCUCCGAGACCGCUUCAUGGGCGUCAGGAUUGUGGCAGCCAUCUUGGCCAUCGCUGGCAUCGUUAUGAUGACCUACGCAGACGGGUUCCACAGUCACUCUGUCAUUGGCAUCACACUGGUGGUGGCUUCUGCAUCCACAUCGGCACUGUACAAGGUGCUGUUCAAGCUCGUCCUCGGCAGUGCCAAAUUCGGCGAGGCGGCGCUCUUCCUCACCAUCGUCGGGGGCGCCAACUUCGUCUUCCUCAGCUUCGUGCCGGUCAUCCUCUACUUCACGCACGUGGAGUACUUCGACUCGGCCCAGAACAUCCCCUGGGCGUGCCUGUGUGGCGUGGCCGCCCUCCUAUUGGCAUUCAACAUUCUGGUAAACUUUGGAAUCGCAAUAACCUACCCCAACCUGAUUUCACUGGGCAUCGUCCUCAGUGUACCUGUCAACGCCAUGGUGGACCUGUACACCUGUGAGAUCAACUUCAACACGGUGCGCCUCAUCGCGGUCUUCAUCAUCUGCCUGGGCUUCCUGAUGCUGCUGCUCCCGGAGGACUGGGACCAGGGCCUGAUCCAGCUGGCCUCCAAGCUGCGCAAGCGGGACCAGCCAGCAGAGAGCGCCGGAGAGGCAGGCACCAGCGCGGGCCUCAACUGGAGCCGGAGGACCCGCACAUCCAUGUCCACGUUUGCCCACUGA